CAUAGCUCUGAGUUCUCACAUCUUCCAAUGUUGAAGAAGUACCGCUGAACGGCAUUCUACUUUUAUCUUUUAAUUCUAUUCACCACGUUCCUUAACACACCCCAACACGGGCACUUUAUCAUUCAGUAAAUCUCCGAUAUCCCCUUCGCCUCCGCCAUGCCUUGCGACUCAACCCACAUUGACACUAUCCCUAAGGGUGACACUCUACCAAACACAACCGAAACGAAGAUGUUAGAGCCAUACAUUUACGACACAUCCUCUCUUCAGGAUCGACUACUAAUGAGGUCCAUGGCUGAGGAUAAUAAGGCAACUAGAAAUGAGGCCGGUUAUUCAGGACCAAAGGACUCGAAGCUAUAAGAGACCCCAAGAAGACUCGCCCCAGUAUAUUGGUCCUUAAGUAACAUACUACAUGUUAUUAUGUAAUAUUACCUCGAGUUUUGUUCUCUAGAUAUACAUCAUAGGCAAAUGGAUGAAUCAUCGCCC